GGAUCUGCUCUGGUUUUUCUGGCACUUUCUGUGACUUAUCAAAUUCUACCAUCAACACGGGCAUUCCCGAUAGAUUGCCAAAAGAACACUGCUGUCUGUUUGGAAGAAAUAAUGAAGGAAGUCACCCAAGUUCGAUUUGAGAUUAAAAUUCUCAUGGAGAACAAAACAUUGGCGAGACGUAAGCACACUUCCUCUUCGUUUUGUGUGUUACUACCUUUACUAUUAUUUUUUUUUUCAUUUCAAUUUUUAUUGUUAUUUUUCAAGAGAAUAUCAACUGUUAUUCCCUUGUACUUUAUCGACAGCUAAGAACUGUGCUGAGCUCUACCAUUCCGGUCAAAGGAUCAGCGGUGUUUACACAAUCGACCCAGAUGGCUCAGGUGCCUUUAAUGUCUAUUGUGACCACACUACUUCCGGUGGGGGAUGGACAGUCUUCCAGAAGAGAAUGGAUGGCUCCGUUGAUUUUAAUCGCACCUGGAAUGACUACAAGCAUGGCUUCGGUAACUUGGUCGGUGAAUUUUGGCUCGGACUGGACAAGAUAAACCGUCUGACACAAAAUAAGACAAAGAACAUGCUUCGAGUAGAUCUGGGGGUGACUACGCGCCAAACUGUUCACGCUGAGUAUGAAUGGUUUGGAAUUGGAAACGGGACGGCUGACUAUCGGCUGUACAUUGGCAAUAUGACAAGUAAGUAA